AUGGUGGGUUCGCUCGAGUUCUGCACCGGCAAGCUGGGGAGCCGCCUGAUUUUGGUGCUGGGCCAUACCAAAUGCGGAGCCAUCUACGGCGCCACUAAGACCUUUUUGGAUGCCCAGGCGCAGGCGCAGGAGCCGAAAAAGGCCGGCUCUGCCUUGGAGGGUCUGCUGAAAGACCUUGGCUCCGUGGCCCAAGAAGCAGCAGACGAACUGGGACCUGGUGCCAGCUCAGAUGAAGUGGCAGCACAUGCCGUGAAGGUGAACGUCUUCCACAGCAUGAAUUUCUUGUUGAAGUUUAGUGACAGUAUCCGAGAGGCUGUCAAGUCUGGACAGGUGCAGCUCCAGGGUGGGAUCUACCAUCUGGAGACGGGAAAGGUUGAAUUCCUUGGAAAGUCUCCGGUCCAAAGUGAGCUGCUGAGCAGCACUGCCUCCAUCCCUCCUUCCAUGACUUCCAUGGUUGAGAGAGAAAGUCGUGGCCUCCAUGGUGUGCGCACAGCGGCAGACGAGCGCGUUCCAUCGGAUGCGGCUUUGAAGAUGCUGAAGGCCGGCAACGAGCGUUUCGCCACUGGCGCGGUGACCGCCGGCACCACCUCCGGCGAGAUGAGGAAGGCCCUGGUGAAGUACAACCAAGCGCCUCACAGUGCCAUCAUCGGAUGCGCCGAUUCACGUGUUCCGGUGGACACCAUCUUUGAUGCCACGCCCGGAGAGCUGUUUGUGCUGAGGAACGCGGGCAACACUUGUACCCACGCGGAGGGGAGCAUGGUGGGUUCGCUCGAGUUCUGCACCGGCAAGCUGGGGAGCCGCCUGAUCAUGGUCCUGGGACACACGCAGUGUGGUGCCAUUGCUGGCGCCACUGCGACCCACCAAGCAGGUGGAGAGGUGAAAGCCCCGGGCUGCGCCCUGGAAGGCCUGCUACAGGGCCUGGCCAGUGUGGCCAAGGAAGCGAGUGACGACUUGGGCCCAGGAGUGUCCCAAGAGAAGCUGGUGAGCCAUGCUGUGAAGGUGAACGUCUUCAACAGCAUGAAUUUCCUGUUGCAGUUUAGCGAACCCAUUCGUGACUUGGUGCGCAAGGGUGAGCUGGACAUCCAGGGUGGCAUCUACCACCUGGAGACCGGUCGAGUGGAAUUCUUGGGUCGUUCUCCCCGACAAGACGAGCUGUUGUCCUCCAAGCUUUCCCUUCCACCCUCCAUGGCCAUGGGCAUGGUCCGCACCUCGGAGGAUGGAACCUUGGAACCCAAGGUGGCCUUGAAGAUGUUGAAGGACGGCAACCAUCGUUUCGUCACCGGUGCUCCGGUGCUUGGAAAGGUGGACUGUCACAUGCGCGAAGCCUUGGCUCUGAAGGGCCAGGCGCCCCAUACUGCCGUGGUGGGCUGUGCCGAUUCGCGUGUGCCACUGGAAACGGUUUUCGAUGCCUUGCCCGGUGAUCUCUUUGUGCUGAGGAAUGCCGGCAACACUUGCACUCAUGCUGAAGGCUCGACUCUGGGGAGCUUGGAAUUCUGCACCGGGGCUCUGAACACUCGGCUGAUCUUUGUGUUGGGCCACACCAACUGCGGAGCUCUCAAGGGAGCCACUGCGGCCUAUCUUUCGCAAGAGAAGCGAGCCAACCAUGCCCUGGACGUCUUGCUGAACGAGCUGGGCUCCGUGGUGUCUGAGGCCAAAAGUCAGUGCGGCAGGAAUGCCACCGCAGAUGAGAUCGCCAGCAAGGCAGUGAAGCUGAACGUCUUCCACACCAUGAAUUUCAUGCUGAAGCACUGCGAUGCCAUCCGCGAGAAGGUGCGCAGUGGUCAGCUGGAGAUCCAGGGCGGCGUCUAUGACUUGAGCACGGGGAAGGUGGAGUUCCUGGGAAAAAGUCCACAAGAGUCCAAGUUGAUCAAGGGCAGCAGCAGUGUGGCGCCCUCUCUGAAGCACAAGAUUGCUGGAGCCUAGACAACCUAAGGCGACCUAAGGCGACACCUUGGCCGAAUCAGGAGCGAGGAAGGUUGGUCCUGGUUGUUCUGAAGAAGCAGCUAGGGACUUGAAAUUCAAAGUGGGACCGCACAAAAAGCCUGCAGUUCCAUUGCAUUUUUUUCUCGUAAUUUUCUACAAAUUAUUUUCAUUCUACCCUCAACUUGUCCGUUGGCCAUGUUGAGGAUUAAAUGUUGAUUGAUUUGCAAAAGGCAAUUUCACUCUGCCUACCGCUGAGGGUCAUAGCGUAAAGACGCUACGUGUUCCUUCAGUGUUUGGAGACACCUUUGUGACUGGAGAGCUUCAUGUCGUGCUGGUGUCUCCAGAAACCCUUUUUGUGCAACGUCCGUGCACUCAUG